CACUGAACAGAGCACUCUUGACCUCAAAAGUACUCAAAAGGAGUAAUUGCUAAGGCAAUAAAGGAGCUCCAAGCGCAAAAAUGGCAGUCACAAGAAUUGCGAUCGGGGCACCCGGAGAGGCAAGCCACCCUGAUACGCUGAGAGCAGCGCUUGCAGAAUUUAUCUCAGUAUUAAUCUUCGUUUUUGCAGGGGAAGGAUCCGGCAUGGCAUUCAACAAACUUACCGAUGAUGGGUCGACGACACCAGCAGGACUGGUGGCGGCUUCACUAGCUCAUGCAUUCGGUCUGUUCGUGGCGGUCUCGGUGGGAGCGAAUAUCUCAGGCGGUCACGUCAAUCCUGCGGUGACAUUCGGUGCGUUUGUCGGUGGACACAUCACCUUGAUGAGGGGAAUCUUGUACUGGAUUGCUCAAUGCCUUGGGUCCGUCGUGGCCUGCUUGUUGCUUAAGUUCGCCACCGGUGGAUUGGAAACAUCGCCGUUCUCCUUAUCAACCGAUGUGUCAGUUUGGAACGCGCUCGUCUUUGAGAUUGUUAUGACCUUUGGACUGGUCUACACAGUGUAUGCUACAGCAGUCGAUCUGAAGAAAGGAAACAUUGGAAUCAUCGCUCCCAUUGCAAUCGGCUUCAUUGUAGGCGCGAACAUCUUAGCUGGUGGCGCCUUCGACGGUGCCUCGAUGAACCCAGCAGUCUCAUUCGGCCCAGCUGUGGUAAGCUGGUCGUGGUCCAGCCACUGGGUCUACUGGCUCGGCCCACUGAUCGGUGCUGGGAUUGCGGGUCUGGUCUAUGACAACAUCUUCAUCGGCCAACAUUCCCACGAGCCUCUCGCAACAAGUGAUUUCUAAAGGAUUUCCCCACCUCAUACAUAAGUAGAAGUGCGUGUUCCCCUUCAAUUUCUAUAGAAGGAUGUCUUUCUUGUACUUUAGUCUUGCUUUGCGGAGGUCUCGAUUGUUCUCGCCUUUCUUUGUUUUCAGAGUCGAAUUUUCUUAAAGAGUUCUAGUUGUAAUAAUCAUUAAAUUUCAGAGUCAAAAUUCCUUAAGUCUUUGCUCGAUCCUUGUAUUAGAGUUUAAUUUAGUUUUGAGUGUUGCUGAAAAUUUUUAAAUGCCAAAAUUUACCGAAAAGCAUACACUUUGUUGC